AUGUUGUACACCGCUCCGAAAGAUGUAAUUUCGUUUCGUGGAUACACAUUCCCAGUCAAGGAAGGCAACGCUAAUAUGGAGUAUGACUGUAGAUCCCAUGCCUUCGAUCAACGCGGCUGGGGACGCUCUGUGCAGACACCCUCACAACGGGGUCUCACUGGGCCUACAGCGACGGUACUCAAUGACAUAAGUUCCAUUAUUGAUUCACUGCUUGCAACAGCUGCAUCAAUGUCCGUCCCUGUUUUCUUGAUGGGCCACUCAAUGGGGGGUGCGGAAGUGCUACAAUGGGCAGCUCGUGGUCCCUCGGAUAUACGAUCUCAGAUAAGAGGCUAUGUUGCUGAAAGCCCAUACCUGACCCUCCACACGUCAGCACAGCCUCGUCGUAUGAUUGCAAUAGCCGGUAGGUUAGCGGCGAAAGUCCUACCAAAAAGACAGAUGGUGCAGAAGCUGCAGCCCAGGUGGCUUUGCAGGGACCCGGCAGUAUGCAAGAAGUGGGAGGAUGACGAGCUUUGUCAUGAUACGGGAACAUUGGAAGGGCUGGUCGGGAUGAUGGACAGGGGAGCAGAGUUGAAUUGCGACAGGAUAGUUGUAGAGGAUGAGAAAAGUUUUUGGAUAGGACAUGGGAGUGGAGACCGGGUCACGAGUUUCGAGAGCAGUAAGCAGUGGUUUGGACGAUUGAAGGCAAAAGAUAAGGAGUUCAAGGAAUAUCCGGGAUGGUUCCACAAGCUACACGCUGAGCCGGGGGAGGACAAGAUCACUUUCGCAAACGACGUUGCAGGUUGGAUCCUCGCUAGAGCAAACAUUCAGAGGACGCAAGCCUUGUCAGAGCCACAAAGCAAAUUGUGA